UCCCAUCUUUCACAGCAAAACAGACGCUACACAUUACUGACUUUAUACCAGAGCAUCAAGAGCAAAAGCCAUCCCAACAUUUACAGAACUACAAAGCUGAGGAAACAGCUGAAUGAUGAGUGCUACUCAGAGUCAAACACUGGUGUCCAGACUGAAGGCCCUGCAGUGCCACUUCACCUGGGAUCUUGACCUCAGCAGGUCCUUACUUUUACGUUGUAGGGACAACUUGUUAGACAUUGGCACCGUGAAUGGAAACAGAUGGCUGGGUCACAUCUACAACCUGCGGGGGUUCAUUCAGUACAGGCUGGGCUUCAGUGAAGACGCCCAAAGUUUCUACAACAAGGCUACAGAGCCCUUCAAUAACAUGAGAAACGCAGAUGAGGGCCCCUGGUUAGUGGUGAACUACGGGAACCUGGCUUGGCUGCACCACUCCCUGGGAAACCAAGCAGAGAGCGAGGCCUACCUGUCAAAGGUCAACGCCCUCAAUAGAAAAUACCCAUCUCCAUCCCAGGAGGAGCUCCACCCAGAGACCUACGCUGAAAAAGCCUAUGCGCUGAUGAUGGUCAGUGGAGACAAAAUACAUGUUGUAGAUUACUUCCAGAGAGCCAUCGAGAUGCAGCCAGGCAUACGAGAGUGGAACACUAGCCAUGCCUUAGCCUUAAUGUAUGCUUCUAUGCACAGCAGCACAGGGCUGGAAGAUGACAUCUUGGAGAAAAUGAGAUUUGCUCAAGAACAGGAUCCAGAGAACUUGUACUUUGCUGCUCACUACCUUGAUCAACGUGCUCAGAGAGGAGAAAGAAUAGAAGAUGAAGCACGUGAGUUAGCCACAAAGGUUUUGAGAAGUCCUGUCAGCAGCUACAGUGGUUUAAAACCAUUGCUAUGGGUUUACAGAAAGUAUAUAUCUGUUGAUGAGGCCAUUGAUUUGGCAGAGAAGGCUCUGAAGAACCAUCCAGAUGAGCGUUAUCUGAAGAGAUGUGUUACACUCUGCUACAAAUGGAAGAUCAUUUUUUUCGGGGAAAGUCACCCAGAGAAAAGCAUGAUAGACAGAGCAAUCCUUCUCCUUGAGGAGGUGAUUGCUCUUUACCCUGAUUCCUCACUUAUGAAGAAAAUAGACCUUGCUCAGAUAUACGCACUGUCACAUGAUGGUCAGGCUAAAGCUGAUCAGAAAUAUCAGGAACUGCUGGAAAGGGAUUUAGAACUUGCAGACAAACAAAUGCUUUACAACAAGUAUGCAAAUUAUUUAAAUUUCCAAAAACACAAUAUCAACAUGUCAAUACAAUAUCACAUGAAGGCGGCAGCGAUACCACAACAAUCCUUCUUUCGUGAGGCCAGCAUCAAAGUUCUGGAGAAGAUUAGAGACAGACACAGGGACAGCAUGUGCGGAGAAAUAAUAGAUUUUCUGGCAAACCUGCAAGAGCCGUAGUGUUCUAAACAGCAAUGGUUUGAAAUCCAAGAAGAAGAUAUUGUAUUAGUAAAAAUAAUCUGUACAUCCUCAUAAAUUGAUUGGCUGUAAAUAAGAAAAAACAUUGUUUUUCUUCUAUUGGUCGGGUAGUACACAAGGCAGCAACACCCAUACUCUGAAAAUGUUACAUACAUUUUCUAUAUUGGUUUUAGACUUUUAUCGUUAAAACUGACCUAAAUGUGUUAUAUUUUGAACUGUCUCAUUGGCAGGUUUCAACUAUGUUUUACACUUUAGUAGCAGACAAACGCUAUUUAGAAUAACAAUUAGCUGAGCACUGUUUUUAGGCUGUUUCUUAGUUGUUAAAUACAAAAACUAUGAAAUAUACAGAAUGUUUGCUAAUAAACUCUUUGUAAACUCAAACCUUUUAAGCUACAACCAAAACAUUUGGAUACUUUUAAAGAAGCAAAAAUGAAAUCAAAAUCAAAUUAUUUUUUUUUUAAGUGUUUAUUGAUGAAUUUUGGCUGUAACUUUAAAUUAUUUCGAAGAUUUGGAAUUUUGGAAUUAAAACGUUUGAACCCAAUUGUUAAUUAAUUUACUUGUUAUUGAAAAUUGUAUUGGAGGCAUAUGUAAAUAAUAUAUCAUUAUCAAAUAUAUGUUUUUAGAUUUGCACAUGUCCUUCUAGUUAUAUGGUGAACGGUGAAAACUGAAAUCACAGCUGUACUUGUAUUAUGUGUUGUUUUAUCUUAACUUUACUGUAAAUAAAAUCCCCGAAGCAUCAA